UGGCAAAUAGAAGUAUAAUUUGAGUCACAUCUCUUACAAACAUGUGUCCAAACCAGAGUCACAUGUUUAAUUCCCAUGAUCUUUCCACACCUUCUCUCACCUUAAACCCUCCCUUUUUCCACACACUAAAACACACACACACACACACACACACACAUACACUCUGCCAUGCCCAUUCAUCAAGAAAACCUCCAUUCUUGAAACCCACAAAUGACAAACCCUAUACACCACUCUGCAACUAAACUAUCUCCAUCUUCAUCUUCAUCUUCUCUCUCCUCCCAUUUCACCCCAAAAACCCUAAAAAAAUUCCAUCUUUACCCCUCCAACAACCACCACCGCAGCAACCACCACCUCAGAUUCUCAUGCUGCCAAUCCUCGAAAGACUCAAACUUCUCCCUAAAUCAAGAUUCGACCUUUUUCUCAAUUCUCCUAGCCCUACCCAACUGGGUCGACAGCAUCCAAGAAAAGGGGUUGGAGAAAAAACGAAGCUUGUACGACCACGGCGACUGGGUUCAGCACAGAAGCUCCUCCCGGCACGUGCGCCACUUCCUCUCCAGCCUGGGCUCCCGCGUGAUCCUCUCCCUGCUGCCGCCCGUCAUCGUCUUCACCUCCGUGGCGGUGGUGGUCUCCACCUACAACACGGCGGUGGCCCUGGCGUGGCUGCCGGAGUUCUUCCCCAUCUUGAGGGCAUCCUCCCUGCCGUACCAGCUCACCGCCCCCGCACUUGCUCUGCUCCUUGUUUUCAGGACGGAGGCUUCUUACUCGAGGUUCGAUGAAGGGAAGAAGGCGUGGACUAAGGUCGUUUCGGGUACGAACGACUUCGCGAGGCAGGUGAUUGCUAGCGCCGUGGGGCCCGAUGAUUCGGUUCUUAAGACGGCGAUUCUGCAGUACGUUGUUGCGUUUCCGGUUGCUCUCAAGUGCCACGUCAUUCAUGACUCGGAUAUUGAACAGGAUCUCAAGAAUAUUCUAGAAACAGACGAUCUAGCAGUCGUUCUCACUUCAAACCACCGCCCCCGUUGCAUCAUCGAGUUCAUCUCCCAAAGCCUCAGAUCGCUCGAUGUGGACCCCACAAAGCUCCAAGUUCUGGAAUCGAAACUUUCUUGUUUUCACGAGGGGAUUGGCGUGUGCGAACAACUCUUGGGAAUACCAAUUCCACUAUCGUACACGAGAUUGACGUCGAGAUUUUUAGUACUUUGGCAUUUCACUCUUCCUAUUAUACUUUGGGAUGAUUGUCACUGGAUUGUUGUACCUGCUACUUUCAUCAGUGCUGCUUCCUUAUUUUGCAUUGAGGAGGUUGGUGUUUUGAUUGAAGAACCUUUCCCAAUGCUUGCGCUGGAUGAGCUGUGCGAAAAGGUUCGGAGUAAUAUCGAAGAUGUAAUGAGAAACGAGAAGUUGAUACAGGCUCGUGUAAAUGCGAAAAGAAAGACUCACUACAAGAGAGACUCUCCUAAUGGUUGGACAGCUUCUUUGGAAAAUAGAAAGCCUGAUUGAGAAAAAAAAAAUUAAUAUAUAUAUGGAAAAUAUAUAUAUUUUUGUUUUUGUUUAUUUAGGUGAAUAUAAAUUGUAGAUGUGGAAAUAAAUAUGUAUCAAAUAGUAUUACUUCUUUGAUUAUAUGUAUAUAUGUGACAUAUUCAAUCAAUGCUAGUGCAAAGUGUUUGAUACUCGAUU